AUCGUCCUGCCCCUGUCCCUUCACCAUCCCUGUCCCCUCACUGUCCCCACACUGUCCCCAUGCCCACGCUCUCCCUGUCCCCUCACUGUCCCCAUGGCCACGACCUCUACAGUCCCUCACUGUCCCUGUCCCCUCAGUGUCCCCACACCCUCACCAUCCUGUCCCUGUUCCCUCACCAUCCUUGUCCCCACACUGUCCCCAUGCCCACGCUGUCCCUGUCCCCUCACUGUCCCCUCACUGUCCCCUCACUGUCCCCGUGGCCAUGACCUCUCCAGCCCCACACCAUCCCUGUCCCCUCGCUGUCCCCACCACCUUGUCCCUGUCCCCACACCUCCCUUUUUCUCCCCCCACCCCUUUUCCCCAGAGCAUCCUGAAGCUGCUGGUGUCGGGCGCGGGGCCGUCGCGCACGGGGGUGCUGAUCCCCAUCCCGCAGUACCCCCUCUACUCGGCCGCCAUCGCCGAGCUCAGCGCCGUCCAGCUCAACUACUACCUGGAGGAGGAGCGGUGCUGGGCGCUGGACGGGGCCGAGCUGCGGCGGGCGCUGGACGAGGGGCGUCGGCACUGCUGCCCCCGCGUCCUCUGCGUCAUCAACCCCGGCAACCCCACCGGACAGGUUCAGAGCCGGCAGUGCAUCGAGGACGUCAUCAAGUUCGCCUACGAGGAGAAGCUCUUCCUCAUGGCCGACGAGGUGUACCAGGACAAUAUCUACGCCGAGGGCUCUGCUUUCCACUCCUUCAAGAAGGUGCUGUUUGAGAUGGGGCCGCCCUACUCAGAGGCGGUGGAGUUGGCCUCCUUCCACUCCAUCUCCAAGGGCUUCAUGGGCGAGUAAGUCCCAUCACCCUGCCU